AAAACCACGCUUACUGCUGCCCUGUGUACAACACUGGCUAAAAUGUAUGGGGGCGCACCGAAAGACAUUGCGUCCAUCGACAACGCUCCUGAAGAAAAAUCACGAGGAAUAAGCAUCAACAUUGCGCAUGUAGAAUACAGCACUCCGACAAGGCAUUAUGAUCACAUCGACUGCCCCGGACACGAAGACUACGUGAAGAACAUGAUCACUGGCGCCGUUAAGAUGAACGGAGCAAUUCUGACCGUAUCGGCUACUGACGGACCCAUGCCGCAGACAAGGGAACACGUCCUACUGGCCAGACAGGUGGGCGUUCCAUACAUCGUGGUGUUCAUGAACAAGUGUGACAUGGUGGACGAUGAGGAACUACUUGAGCUGCAGGAGAUGGAAGUCAGGGAACUCCUCAGCGAGUAUGACUUCCCUGGGGGCGACCUUCCAGUUAUCAGGGGAUCUGCUCUGGGAGCCCUAAAUGGUGAAGCAAAAUGGGAGGCCAAGAUCGUUGAGCUGGCGGAUGCUCUUGACAAAUACAUCCCUGAACCGGAGCGGGCGGUGGACCAACCGUUCCUUAUGCCGAUCGAGGAUGUCUUCUCCAUUCAAGGUCGCGGUACAGUGGUAACAGGCCGGAUUGAACGUGGGAUCCUAACUAUAGGAGACGAAGUGGAAAUAGUUGGGAUCAAGGAAACAACUAGUACAACAUGUACAGGUGUUGAGAUGUUCCGGAAACUGUUGGAUGAAGGCAGGGCUGGUGAAAACGUCGGUGCCCUUCUGAGGGGCACAAAGAGGGACGAGGUGGAACGUGGUCAGGUGUUGGCCGCACCGAAAAGCAUCACUCCUCAUACCAAGUUCGAAGCCGAGGUGUACGUCUUGAGUAAAGAGGAGGGCGGACGUCAUACUCCAUUUUUCAAAGGCUACCGACCUCAGUUCUAUUUCCGUACGACAGACGUCACCGGUAACAUCGAGCUGCCCGAGGGUGUGGAAAUGGUGAUGCCAGGAGAUAACGUCCAGAUGAAAGUAGAGCUGAUCGCUCCCAUCGCCAUGGAUGAAGGCCUGCGGUUCGCUAUCCGGGAGGGGGGACGGACUGUCGGAGCCGGGACUGUGGCUAAGAUAUUUGAAUAGGAUUUCAGGAUUGCGGGAUGUUAGAGGACCUCCUCCGGCCGGUAGCUGCCUCGACUGUUGAGCUGUUUGAUCCCAGAAACUAGUAGCAAUGUAGAGUAGCAAGAAUUUAGUUGGGUGAUGGGUGGCCUGUAUACAGGAUGCCAUUAUUAUCACGAGGUUCUUCAUUCUUUUCGAUCAACAACGUACAUACUCCAUUCUUUGCUAAACCUUUAUUGUUAACGGUAUAAUGUCAUUUACAUUUGUUAACUAGAAAGUUUCGAUAGCAAUAGUCGAGGAGUUUUUUGCGGUGUCCUUCAUUAAAUGAUAUACUUAAUGAUAAACUCAGUUCUACUGCAUUCUA